CAAUAGCUUCAGCCAUUUUAGAAUGACUAAUCGUCAUAAUCAUAAUUUAUUGCAGCUAGAAAUUUAGAUCAUAUAUAUUGCAAUGCUUUUUUGGUUUUAUGUGGAUCAUACACAGUAUUUGCUUACCCUCUUUGCUUCUAGGUAAGGCUAUAUUUAGAGGCCAUUUGUCUUCUAUGUGGUUAUAGUAGUGAAGUUUGAGGUUUUUCUCUUCGAUGAAGCAUGGUGCUAGAUCAUACAUAUUACAUAUUUUUUGUUUUAAAUCAUAUGUAGUAUUUGAAUACCCUCUUUGCUUCUAGGUAAGGCCAUAUUCAGAGGCCGUUUGUCUUCUGUGUGGCUAUAGUAGUAAGGUUUGAGAUUUUCCUCUUGGAUGACGUAUGGUGCUUGUUUUGCUGACCCUUUUUGCAGCCUAAAUCGUAUCCUAGAAUCAGGAGCAGAGCAAAAGUUUAAGGAGAUUAGUAAUGCAUAUGAGGUUUUAGCUGAUAAUGAAAAAAAGUCUCUGUAUGAUAAGUACGGAGAAGCAGGCCUCAAAGGUGCUGACAUGGGCAUGGGGGAUUUCAACAAUCCAUUCGAUCUAUUUGAGUCAUUAUUUGAAGGCAUGGGUGGGAUGGGUGGAACGAGAGGUGCUCGCAACAGACCUAUGCAAGGUGAUGACGAGGGUUAUAAUCUUGUCCUAAAUUUCAAAGAUGCAAUUUUUGGUGUUGAGAAAGAUAUAGAAGUUACAAGGCUAGAAAGUUGUGGAACAUGCAAUGGAUCUGGUGCCAAACCAGGUACAAAGACACGCAAAUGCAGAACUUGUGGAGGUCAAGGUCAGGUCGUCUCUUCUGCAAGGACACCACUGGGUGUAUUCCAGCAGGUCAUGACUUGUUCAACUUGUGAUGGUACGGGUGAAUACUCUACCCCAUGCAGCACCUGCAACGGGGAUGGCUGUGUGAGGAAGACAAAGAAAAUUAGUCUGAAGGUGCCACCAGGAGUUGACUCUGGUAGCCGGCUGAGGGUCCGGUCAGAGGGGAAUGCUGGAAGGAGAGGUGGUCCUCCCGGUGACCUUUAUGUCUUCAUCGAAGUUCGCUCAGAUCCUGUGCUUAAAAGGGAGGGAACCAACAUUCUUUAUGAUUGCAAGGUAUCCUACAUUGAUGCUAUCUUAGGGACUACCAUGAAUGUUCCUACAGUGGAUGGAUCAAUAGAUCUGAAGAUUCCAGCUGGGACGCAGCCAGGUUCAACUUUGGUAAUGGCCAAAAAGGGUGUCCCUUACCUCGGUAAGCAAAACAACCGGGGAGAUCAGUUGGUUCGAGUGCAGGUGGAAAUUCCAAAGAGAUUAAGCAGUGAGGAAAGAAAGUUGAUCGAGGAGCUUGCGGACCUAAACAAGUCCAAGACAGCAAACAGUCGGAGAUAGAAGAUUGUUUGCCAUUUAUUGCUACCAUUAGUCUUCCUGUCCCUCAGAGUGGAAGAACAAUCUCUAUAGGAACGUUGAUCACCAAGAGAAUUAGGGGAGUUACGCAGAAUAUCUAUUAUUUAGAGAUCACCAACUCCGAGCACUGUUGGAGGCAUCACCAUGUUGAUGAGAUCUUAUCCUUAAGCCACUUAUAUGAUGAUUCUUAGCUCUACAUUACAAUUUUGUAUGAUUUGAUAUUAAAGUCGGGGAACACUCCCGCCAUGAAACAUGUAUUAGCAAUACUCUUCUAUAGUCGGCUACAUAGUUUUUCCUUCUGUUGAGAUCUAAACUUAAGAUUUAUUGGCUUGUAUAAAUUUGAAGCAGUUUCUUGAAUGAAACUGAUCAAAUGAAAUCUUCCAUAAUUAUGGACC